AUGUCCACCUGUUUUCGCUCCAUAGGUUGUGAGGACGGUUUAGACGAAGAACUAAAGUUUCCUAUUCAGAAGUAUUGGAGGGCUAAAGUGUUGUGUUCUUGUAAUGGUUUAGUACUGUUGCGUGCUCACAAGAGUGACAAUAUGUGUGUACUUUGGAAUCCAUCCAUCAGAGAUUACAAAAGGUUCUCAUGUCCAUCUCCUAUAUCUCGCAACUAUAUGCCAUAUGGACUUUACUACGAUUCUUCCAUGGAUGAUUACAAGGUCAUAUUUUUCUCUAAAGUGCUGGAAAAUAAUUUUAUUGUUUUUAGUUUCAAAGGUCAAUCUUGGACCGAGCCUAAGAAAUUCCCUUAUUUGGAUUUUCACGGUGAGAUGGUCCUUGCAAAUGGAGUGUUGCACUUGGUUGCUCUUAAACCUAGGAAAGUUGCCAACGUGAGGCCUCCCCCUCCACGAUACCUAUUUUUCUAUGAUGAUAGCGAGGAUGACAAUACACACCUAUAUAAGUACGAUUCCACUCAAACAUAUUUGAUUGUUUGCUUUGAUACGGUGGAUGAGAAGUUCAAGGAGAUGCCACAACCAAAUUGUAUAAAUGAAGGGGACAAAUUUAGUUUGACGCUUAUGAGAGGAUGUCUCAGUUUAUAUUGUGAUAUGAUUCGUCAGCAACGUGUGGUGGUGUGGACUAUGAAGCAAUAUGGUGACAACAAUUCUUGGACUAAGUUCAUUGUCAUCCCACAUCAGCUAGGAAUGAGCUUUUUUUAUACCUUGACACCGUUGUGUGCUACGAAGAAAGGUGAAGUUGUGGUGAUGACUGAAAGAGGAAAUGUACUCAUCUAUAAUGAUAAAGAAAACAAGCACCGGCAUAUGUACCGGCCUUUUUGGGGAUCAAAUCUAAGUUAUCCAACUUUAUAUGUGGAUACUUUAGUUUAG